GGUUUAAGUAGAGCACAUGGCAAUUAUUGGCAAUAGUGACUUCGGCUAUGGUUACUUGGGCUGCCUGACUGAGGUCACCAUGAGUGCUAUUCGCAAUUUUGCCACUCAGAGUGACUCGUAGUGAAAUUUCACAGCUAGAAGUUAAAUUAGUGUGAGGCUGAAGAAGAAAAUUACAAAUUUUCUUGGCAAGCUGAAAACAAAUCUGUCUUCUCUAAUUAAAUACUUACAUAAAUUAUUAAUGGUACAUGCUCUGAUUUUAUGGUCCUCACAGGCAUUGAUCACAUCUAGGUAUAAUUCGGUCUCAGUGGCCAGGUCAAUCAUUAAUUACUGUACCAAUCAAUAUUUCGGAUUCUGAUUUCGUGUUAUGCUCUGGUUAUGCUCUGCGUAAUUCCCGUUUCUUGUUGUCUCUUUGAUUCAUAUGAAUUGCACAUUCAUUAGUUAGCCUGCAUGCUUAUUUCCAACGUCCACGAUUCAAAGUCAGCAAUUUGCAAAAGGAAAUGAUGUAAUUUGGAUUGAACUUUGUAUCGUAGAAUAUUGAUUCGUGUAAACAUUUGAUAGAAUGAGGUAUUACGAAAAUGUGGAGAACACCCUUUAUUACCUCUUUACUUCAUAAAAAAGUUGGAUUGUUAAGAAGUUCUACACACCUGAAAAGAAUUGGUUUUGUUGAUAUUAAACACUUGGUUUUAUGUACUGAUAUCAAGAAAUGCCAAGAAUCAUCACAUGUGCAAAAUGUUGCAGCACUUCCAAAUAUUGUGAAUGCACAGAAGACAAUAGUUGAUCUUUUCAUGAAAUGUAAGGAUCAUAGCAGAUGGACAUCAACAAGUAAAGAUUCUUUAAUUCAGUGUAACGUGGACCAAAUAGUUGAAUCCAUAUCAGUAACAAAAUCUGAUGAUAAUUUCAACUUGACUGUAUGCACACCCAAAACCAACCAAGACAAGGAAAGCAGGUUUAGAACAAAAAGCUUUAUUGCUUUUGAACAGUGGUGUUAUGGUUUCAUGGUUGUAUCCAGUUUGCUUUCAUGGCAGAAAUUAUUCAGUGAUGAAGUUAAGAAAGAUCCAUGGUUACUGUGGCAAGAAAAUCUAACCUGUUGCAUUCUACCAGCCAAUAGUUCUCUUAAAACAUCAGAUUCACUUGAUAAAGUUUGGUUAUCCUUUGAAAAUGCUGUAGCAGACUGCCUAUCAAUCUCAGAAAAUGCUCUUGCUAUCAAAUUAUCAAACUUUAAAAUGCAUGAAAUGGCAUUUACAUUCUUUGAAAGAGCCAGCAAGAAAGGAAACAUUGCAGCUCAUUUCAAUCUUGGUUUAUGUUACCAGCAAGGAUUAGGAACAAGAAAGGAUAUUUCUAAGGCUGUUAGUUCAUAUUCAAUAGCUUCAUCCAAUGGACAUCUGAAUGCCACAUUCAACCUGGCACUGAUUUACAUUGAAGGAAAACUCUAUCCAUUAAAAAAAGCUGAUGGGCUUGAAAUGAUGAAUAAUGCUGGAGAAGGAGGAUUAGUCAAGGCUCAAAGAUUUCUAGGUUUAUAUUAUGCAGAUAAGGAAAAUGCUGAAUUUGAUAUGAAGAAAAGUUUCCAUUGGUUGAAAAUUGCCUCAGAAAAGAAAGACAUGAGUUCACUGUAUCAUCUUGGAAUAUGUUAUGAAAAUGGUUUGGGUGUUAGCAGAAACAUGAUGAAGGCAAAAGACUGCUAUAAAUUAGCUGCAGAAAAUGGUCAUCCUGGUGCACAAUACAAUUUAGCUGUAUUUCAUGAGCUUGGUUUGGGUGGCCUUAACAGAAGCAUAGACAAAGCAUUGGCUUGGUACCAUAGUGCAGCAGAAAAUGGCAAUGAUAGUGAAAAGGCCUUGCUUAAUGGAAAUGAAAAACAGUCAAUCAAAAAGAUAUCACAUAACUUAUUGGAUACACCAUACACAAACUGUAGCAUUUUAAAACAAGGUACCAUCAUACCAGUAUGACACACACUUUAGUAAUGGGAAUAAUAUGAAGAAGUUCAUCCAGCCCAGAGCAUUCAAACAAAAACUUAAAGAACGGUUAUAUUGAAGGAUUUAUGCCUCACGAAUACUUAGGUUACAAAGAAAAAAUUUGUAUCGGUAAUAUCAAAGCAGUCAUAGUACCAACAAUGUUUAACAUAAUAAAUUAGGAUGACAUGAAUCGGUAAGUAGUUUCUCACUAUUUUAAGGUGAUUUACCAUAAGGUUAUUUGGGACAAAAUCAUUAAAGUAGCGUAGUUAACAUUGGUUUCAUUGGUGUUAGAUUAAAAAUCUUUCUCGUUAACUCAA